AUGUCUAAAAGUAAUAUGUGCACAGUCAACAGUGAUGAUGUUAAUGAAUUAGUUGAUUCCAUGAUGAACGAGCUCAUGUAUUGGCAGUCAUUUCGCAACAAUGAGAAUGAUGGAAUUAAAUGUAGUCUGAUCUACAAGGUUCUGCAAUGCAUUCGUGCAGCUGAUCCAAAUGCUUAUGAGCCGAGUGUCCUCUCUAUCGGUCCUUACCAUCAUGGGAUCCCAUCAUUAUUUCCGAUGGAGAAAGAAAAGUGGCUUUGUCUUGACUAUGUUCUUAAAUUGAACUGCAAUAGAAGUUUGUAUGACUACCUAGCAGUUAUUACAAGACUACAGAGCGAAGUAAGAUCCUGUUAUUCAGAGGAUAACAUAUUGAAUAGCCGAAUGUUUGUGGAGAUGCUGUUGCUUGAUAGUUGCUUCAUAAUUGUAUGCCUCAAUGGGAUUGAUGGAGUUAAAAUACAAGGUGUUUCUGAAGAAUAUUCUCAUGAUCAGCAUGUACUGACUGAGAUUGGUUUUGGAAAAGGCAAGGAAUCAUUGGUGGAAGGCAUACCUAAACUCUCAUGCAGAACCAAAGAGUAUAUUCCUGUUAUGAUCGAACAAGAACAUCAUGUUGAUACUCAUCAGGAUUACAAACACGGUAACAACGUGGAGACAUACUAUGGCCAGAACCAAGAAAAUAUAGAUAUGAGUCAAGAAUGGUACAAUAGUUCUGCUGUGUAUGACCUUUUGUUGUUAGAAAACCAAAUUCCAUUUUUUGUUGUCGCAAAAAUAUAUGAGCUUCUAGUUGAUGGUGAAAGAAUUGAACAUAGAUUGCUUAGUGAUAAUUUAUCAAAAUUUGUAGAAGGUAUUCUCUUACACUUCCCAUUAGCAAUUCAUGACACUGACAGGCCAAAGGAUUUCGACCAUUUGCUCCACUUAUGCUACAUGUACUUUAAGCCUUCUCAUGGUGCACGGCACAAGCACCAGCUGAAGAAAAGCAUAGGUUACUUCAAAACAAUACUAUUUUGGGUCUACAAGUUCUUUUGUAGCAAUAAUGUUGGUUCACAGGAAACUGAGGAGAUUCCACUGUCACAAGCAUACUCUGAACCUUUGAUUUCUGUUAAGGAAUUUCAGCGGUGGCGCAGAGCAGAACAAUACCAUGAAGCGGGAGUUGAAUUUAAGGCGAGGGCAUUUGACAAACACAACCCUCAUUCUCUUGUUCCAGAUGAUGUUGCGCUACUUUCCAGGAAAGGAGUUAUUGUGCACCAACUUGACAAUGAUGAAGAGGUAUCAAAUCUGUUUGCCAGACUCUUGGAAUAUAUCGUCUUUGAUUUCAGUGAUGGACGAGCUGUUGGUGAUCGACGAGCACGGACACGUGCACUGGGCGUGUUUGCACUGGGACGACUUCCUCGCCGUCUUUGGGAGCUGUUGAGUGCAGUCGGGUACCCCCAGCCGCCGCUCUACGAGGGCCACGACUUCGUGGAGAGCGGACUGCGCCGUUGUAGUGUCACGAUAGUGAUUCCGCAGCACGCACUCAACAGGUGGGAGCCGAUCGUGACCCAGAUCUUCCUUAGUCAGGCCACAGCUCAGCUUGUUGACCAGGCUCAGGCUUUGCACCUGACUGUCCAGCUGAGGGACGAGCAGCUAUGUGAGGCUAGCGACGAGCUCGAGAGCAGGGGCGCUCUGAUCGCCUAG